AUGAAAGGAGUGCUCGAGGAAAUUUCGCUAAAGGAUGUGCCACCUGCGACAAACAUGUUGACGACGAUGUGGGUUGAUGCAGUAAAAGCAAAUGAGCAAGGAGAAGUGAUUCGCUUAAAAGCACAAUUAGUUGCUCGCGGUGACAAGCAGCGCGAAGGUGUUGGUUUUAUAUAA